UGAUUUGUUUUGUUGCCAACACAAUAAAGUUGUAAUAUUUCUUAAACCAGGCUUAUGAUUAGUUUUUUUCUUCCCUCCCCUCUGGGAACCAGGACCGCCCCGCUCUCUGCACUUUAAACUCUGAUCUCAGACAAAUAUUUGCUUUGUGUCUAAACUAGCUGGUUGCUUUUAACAUUCGAGAGAGAGAAAUGAGCAGAAACAGACUUUUAGUUAAAAACGCCAAACAGGUGGUUUUAAUCUGCAACAACGGAGAAAAGUACCUGACCAGGCACGGCAUGAACGGACUGUGUGUGAUUGAGAAUGGCAGCAUUGUCAUUGGAAGUGAUGGUCUGAUUAAAGCUGUGGGUCCUGCAGAGACCAUCAGAGCUCAGUAUUCAGACGCCUCCUUUGAGCGAGUCAUUGAUGCUGCAGAUAUGUGUGUCCUGCCCGGGCUGGUUGAUGCUCACACCCAUCCAGUGUGGGCAGGAGACAGAGUGCACGAGUUUGCGAUGAAGCUGGCAGGUGCCUCCUACAUGGACGUGCAUCGGGCCGGAGGGGGGAUCCACUUCACGGUUGAACACACUCGAGCCGCCGCGGCCUCGGACCUCCUGGCCUCCCUGAGGAGCAGGCUGGUGCGGAUGCAGCGGGCCGGGACCACCCUGGUGGAGUGUAAAAGUGGCUACGGCCUGGAGCUGCACACUGAGGUGAAGAUGCUGGAGGUGCUGGAGGAGGCGAGACGCUCUCUGCCCAUCAACAUCUCCUCGACCUACUGUGGAGCUCACGCAGUGCCCAGAGGGAAGACAGUGACAGAAGCCACCGAGGACGUCCUCCGUGUUCAGCUGCCGCACCUGAAGGAGCUGAUGUCUGCGGGGAAACUUCGAGUGGACAACAUAGACGUGUUCUGCGAGCAGGGAGUGUUUGACCUGGACUCGACCCGCUCUAUCCUGCAGGCUGGCAAAGACAUGGGCCUCAACAUCAACUUCCACGGAGACGAGCUCCACCCCAUGAAGUCUGCAGAGAUGGGGGCGGAGCUUGGAGCUUUGGCCAUCAGUCAUCUUGAAGAAAUCACAGAUGCAGGAAUUGUUGCCAUGGCCAAAGCAAAAACUGCUGCUGUUCUUCUGCCGACCACAGCUUACAUCCUCCGACUCCCUCAGCCUCGAACCAGAGACCUGCUGGAUUCAGGGGUAAUCGUCGCCCUCGGCAGCGACUUCAACCCCAACGCUUACUGCUGCUCCAUGCCUAUAGUGAUGCACCUGGCCUGUGUCAACAUGAGGAUGACCAUGUCUGAGGCUUUGGCUGCAGCGACCAUCAACGCAGCGUUUGCCCUCGGCCGCUCUCACACACACGGAUCUCUGGAGGUCAACAAACAUGGAGACCUGCUGCUCCUCAGCGCCACACGAUGGGAGCACCUGAUCUACCAGCUGGGAGGACACCAGGAGCUGAUUCGUUACGUCGUCAUCAAAGGCAACGUCGUCUACGACAAUGACAAAACCCUGGAUCUGUGACUCCGGUCCUAAACCAGCUCGGUGAGGUUCAAGAAGGAAGAUCGUUCUGCUGUCCUCAAAAGAAGCCAUUAUUUUAGUGGAAAUAUAAUCAAACUGAUAAAUGUUUGUUUUUAAUAAGUGUUUCUUUAAACAAUAUAUCUAUUUAACCAUACAGUUUUUCUUAGAAUUAGGGCUGCAAUGAUUAGUCGACUUAGUCAACAAUAAAAAUUGUUGAUGAAUUUGUCAUUAUAGUCAUUUUUAUUACGGAUAUAUAUAUAUAUUUUAUGGAGUGAGACAUCUUGUCCAUCUAUCUCGGUUACUGGUGAUACAACAUGGUGUGCAAAACGAUCCAAGGUUUGGGACACUUUCAGUCUUGAUAAAGGAAAAAAAAAAUAAACAUAUUUGCAAAGUGGACCUUGCAUAUCAUGGAAGAACUUCUGUGAUUCACGAGCAUUUAAAGAGGCUGCACCUCUGAUAUCUGGAAGCAGACACGGAGUUGGAUGCACCCCGGUAAGAUGUGCUAAAGCUAAACAACACACAAGGAGACAACUCGUAGACACUGUUAUUUGCAGAAAAAAAAGGUUGCAUGUAUGACUGCAGAACCAAUAACAAAAAAUACAACUUUAAUUUUUCUUUUAAAGAUAUACUUUUGGUUUUGAAACAAGUAUUUGCAGCUUGCUACAAAAUGUUCUGAACUAUUUUACUGCUGAUAAUGUGCCAACUUCGUUUUCCAGGGAAGAAAAAGUGCUUUUUUUUAAUGGUUGGAAAAAAGACCGUUAAAUUUAUAUCAGCAGCAAACCUGAUAAAGUACAAUUUAUUUGUUAUGGUUGGAAAAAUGGACAGUUGCRUUUUUAGCAGCAAACCUGAUUACAUUUUUUGAAUGAAGUACCCAUCUUCUGUGUGUUUACUACCACAUUUUAAAUAAACAAAUGGAAAAGCUGA